AUGGCCAGCGCCAGCAUAGGUCAGGCGAAUUUGCGCCCCGAGGAUGUCGUAGCAACUGCUCGGAUUACUCUUACCCCCCAGGAGUCCAAACUACGAAACCUGCUGCUCGAUGUGGCUCGGUAUAUCGACGAGUCAAAAGAGAUCAAGGAGCGCCUGGAGCUUCGAUUCGCCGGGGGCUGGGUGCGGGACAAGCUUCUGGCUAUUCCAAGCAACGAUAUUGAUACUGCUAUAAAUUCAAUGACAGGCUAUGCGUUUAGCCUCAAGAUGAAGGAGUACCUCGAUGUCCCAGAGAAUCGGCUCAAGCAUGGCAUUGAGAAUGUCUCGAGCCUCCACAAGAUAGCAGCAAAUCCAGAAAAGUCGAAACACCUCGAAACCGUCACCACGAAGUUAUUGGGCUACGAUCUGGAUUUCGUAAACUUGCGGAAGGAGACAUAUACUGUUGAUAGCAGGAAUCCACAGAUGGAAUUUGGAACCGCAAGAGAAGAUGCUUUACGCCGAGAUGCAACUAUCAAUGCGCUGUUUUACAACAUCCACACAGACGAAGUGGAAGAUUUCGCAGGAGGUCUAGCAGACCUUGACGCAAGGCUAAUCAGAACUCCUCUUGAGCCUCACCAGACCUUCGUCGACGACCCGCUUCGCGUCUUGAGAUUAAUUCGUUUUGCAAGUCGGCUCAAUUUCAGAAUAGACACAGACUCGGAGCUGUCUAUGGGUGAUCCGGCAAUUUUAGACGCUUUAAAACUGAAAAUCAGCAGAGAAAGGGUCGGCGUGGAGUUGGAGAAAAUGAUGAAUGACAAAAACACCCGUACUGCUUUUGACCUGAUUGAUCGGCUGGGCCUGUAUACGACAAUAUUCACUAACCCCACUGCAGAGCGAUUUCCCCAGGUGGAUACUAGCAAUUGGAAAAAUGCAUAUAACUGUCUUGAUCUUAUCAAGUCUAACGAAUCUCCCGCCUCCAUUUAUAAGCUACUUGUUCGCUCUGACGAAUCUGAAGCUGUUGCUUGGGUCCUUGCAGCAUUAUCACCUUGGGCGCUUCUUGGGUCCCCUCCCAGACCCCCUGGAGGCAAGCUACCGCUUCCAUAUGCUACAUUUGCUGCUAGGGAAGGUAUCAAGUCAAACAACAAAGUUUGCGAUGUUGUUACGGGUGCUUCCAGGCACUUUCGCGAAAUUAUCGACCUAAAGGCAGCUGUACUGGCAAAGGAGUCUCACGUAUAUGAACGUGACACGAUAGGCAUGACAAUUCGUCGCUGGGAUGCCAAUGGUGGCCAAUGGAAGCUCCACGUCGUUCUAGCCAUACUCGUGGAGUCUAUGGGGACUGAUGUCACUGCUGGAUAUGAUACCUUUCUUCAACAGUGGCAGAAGUUUCUGGAUCAUAUUAUUGACUUGGAUUUGUUGGAGGCGGCAACUUGUAAACGGAUUAUAGACGGCAAACAAUUAUCGAAGGAACUCAAGGCUAAGCCAGGGAUAUGGAUGACGGCGGCGUUGGAUUUGGUCAUGGCCUGGCAAUUCCGCAACCCUACAGAGACAGAUCCUCGUGGGGCAAUCGAGGAGGUACUGAGGAAGAAAGAGGAGCUUAAAAUUCCCAUUAUAUAG